UGAAAAGUGUACUAACUACGAUUUAGAUUCUCUCUAUAAAUACUUAUAAUUUCUUCUUUACCUUUCUAUUGGUCACUUCUUUCUCUCUAUAUAAUAAAUCUCAAACUCUACUACUGUUCUAUUCAUCUAUAUAUAUUCUUCUAAAUUUUAUGUCUAAUAUUAAUUUUAACUUUAACAUUACAAUGGGUGAAGAAUUUGAAGAAUCCGAGGUUAUUUUCUAUGAAGAAGAUCAUCAUCAUCAAGAAAUGUUUAGUAUUAAUAAUAAUAAUAUUAAUACUAAUCAUUUAAUGAUGAUGAGAAGCAAGAACAAGAGCAAGAACAAGAAAGGUAAUAAAAUUAGGGCAAAUUCGAUGCCUAUGAAUAUUCCAAGGGAAGAGGCAAAUUUGUUUCGAAAUAUUAAUGAUCAUUUAAAUCACGAAAUUUGGAAUAAUUUCGAUGAUGAUAAUUAUGAUUAUGAUUAUGAUUAUGAUGAAAAUGAAGAACUGGUACCGCCUCAUGUCAUCGUCAGGAGGCGGUUAGCCGGUGGAAAGAUGGCUUUUUCGGUUUGUUCGGGCAAUGGAAGAACUCUUAAGGGGAGAGAUUUGAGUCAUGUUAGGAAUUCUAUUCUUAGAAUGACUGGUUUCUUGGAAGCAUAAUUAAAAGUUUUUAUUUUUUAUUUUUUAUUAUUAGAAUGAGAAAAUUUAAAAUUAAAAAAAAAAUUGAAACUUUGGGAUUUAUCAAUAAGAAAAUGUUACAUCCCUGUAAUUAUAAAUUUUAAUUCAUGUUUUUUUUUUUUUCAAUAUAUAGAUUUUUAAGCAUUUUGAGCUGAUAAUGAUUUAUUGAUAAUAUUAUCUCAAUAUUUUGUAAAGCUAAUAAUUAAUUGUUUAAUUUGGCCAUGAAUAAUAAUAAUAAUAUUAUUUUAAUUGU